AUGACUUCACGAAAGGAAAUGUCUGGUGUUUACAAGAACGAGUUUGGGUCGACGUCGACAACACAAUUGACGGAUCCGCCAUUGUAUUCCAUAUACGGUGGUCGAAACAUCAUUGAUGAUGAAAACGAGGACGUUAAGGAUGUCAAUCAAGUCAAUGGACACGUGCCGUAUGAACCUAAUGACGAUGAACCUUGCACCGGCACUGUCUACUCUGAUGGCGGGUCAAUUGUUUUUUCCUUUCUAAGGCCUAUGUUUUUUGGUAUUACUGUUUACAAGCUAUUCCAAACCUUGCAUUACAAUGAUCCAGUCAUUUUUCCUAGUUUAAAUCUGCCUAUUGAUUACGGUUCCAACCAUGGGUUUUUCAAUGAGGCGUUUAUGAUCUCUCUAAAUACGAUUGUCUUGGAUAGAUUUUUAGGUAUACUGAUUACAUUUUUCUGGGGAAAAUCCAAUGUAGCUAUAAGAGAGAGGUCCAUCUCACAGCUGUUUGUUGUUAUUCUGGGAAUCGUCUAUUUCUUCAGGAAAAUUGCAUGGACCUCCACAGUGCAUGCAGACCUGAUCUUCAUGCUGAUAAACGUCAUUUUCACUAGAUACGUGGGAUGUACACUUGGAGAAACUGUAGUCUCGUUGUUGAUGUUUGGAUCCUCCAUGGGGGUCUUGACCUUGUUGGACAAUGUGAAUGGCGGUAGUCAGACAGCCUCCAAUUUAUGGAGGUGCACAUUUCUUUGGUUCUUGUCGGUUGUUUUGUUAAGAGUAAGAGAAACAGAGAGUGGACUCUGGGUAUAG